AUGGGUUGCCACGUUUCCGCUGAUAGUUCUAAUAGUUUUACGUGGGACGACUAUCUUAAGAAAACAAACGGUCGCCCGGCGAAGUUGGAGUGCUUUAAACAGUCUCUUGUUCCUCCGCCAAACUAUUUCGAGGUGAAUACCAUUCUAGAAGCGGAGGAUCAACGUAGCGCAGCUCUUGUUCUCAAUCCAUAUUCAAACGACCUAAUAAAAGCACGUUAUGCUAAUAAUUCUACUAUUAGUAAUCAACAGCUGUUGGAGACUCCAUGUAGAAGGUCCAGUCUGAAUCCUCACUCCAGUGGAACUGUCCGACGCUUCAGAGCAGCUUCAUUCAGUUUAGCUCGAGUGAUAGAAACGUGUGGUCCACGUUUGAGAAUACGUCUGGUUGGAACUGAUGAUCGUAAUGAUUAUUGGUUCUUAGUUGAUUCUGAUCAAAUCAGACCUUAUCCUUCUGGAAGUCCACUACAACCACCCUUUGGCUACAUGCAUAAUCAUCUUGUGUGGAAUCGUACUCUUAAGAAAGCAACUGAAGGAACGCGUUUUGCAGAUCCUUCGUGGUUCAUUUCACAACCACCAGAUCCAGAGGAUAACUACUUCCAAGUGAAUGACAAGUUAGAGGCAGUAGAUCGUAGAAAUACUCAGCUGAUAUGUCCUGCAUCUGUAGGCGCAGUGAAUGGCCACCAUAUUUUGAUAAAUUUUGAUGGUUGGUCAGGAGCUUUUGACUAUUGGGCUCGUUUCGAUAGUCGUGAACUAUUUCCUGUCGGUUGGUGUAAGUCAGCCAACUACCCUCUUCAGCCACCUGGACCAAACGUUAUACGCUCUCCAAUUAUUCAUUCAACCCCUAGUUUCUUGUAUGCUCAUAAUUCUGUUUCCCAAGCUCCCAGCAUCUCACCAAAAUAUCUAUCUAAAGUACUUACUAACAGUUGCAGUCGUAUCACAAAGACAGAUAAAACGUCCUCAUGUCCUCGUAAAAAGUUGGGACUUUCAAGAAGAAUUAAAUCGCAUACAAAUUCAGUUAGGAGUAAUUUGCAUGACGAAUCAGAAAGCUCAACACCUUUUAGGAAUCCUUGUGAGCUGUCAGCAAAACAACCUCUAAGUAUAAGGAGUUCAUUUUCUCCUGUUUUAUCAAUGCCAAAUCAUAAUAGCGUUGCUUCCGACCAUAUGGACGUCAAUAAAAAUGAACGUGUUGAUUUGUUUGUGGAACCUAAUUCCCUAAAUACUUCACAAGUUGAUUCUUCCAUUCGGUCCUUGACAUCACCACCCAUUGUCCCUCCUGUCCUAGAAGAUGCAAAUGAUUCUUUAAACACGUUUUACUCUUCGUCUCCCCCUGAACAUCCUCCACGAAUCGAAGCUUCCGAAUUUGUGAGUGAUUCUGCGAACGUACGUCAUCGACGUUUCAGUGGCCCUUCCGAUUGCGUUGUGCGUCUUCAAGCGAAAUCGUCACUAAUGCCAAUGUCCAACGUGUCACAUCCUUAUGAGCCAGAACUAAAAUCAUGGAAAGUAGUAACAAAAACUAAGCAAAAAAGCAAACAACACAAACUGAAGCGUCGCAGUGGAAAUUCAAAGAAAAAAUAUCCCAAAAUAAAACAGAAAUUCAAAAUAGCCAAUAACAGUUUAACUAGUUCGGUGCUGUGCGACUAUGAGUAUGUUGAUUCAGUUUCUCCUCAGCUGAAAGCCUUUUCUGAUGUGAGUCAAAACUAUGAAAAGUCAAUCGCUUAUUCAGAAGACAAUCCCAAUUUGUACAAAAACGAAGCUGCCGAUUCUACUGCUUUCUGCAAAAACGAUUCUGCAUUAACAUGUACUCCUGUCUUCAUGGCAGAUAGAAAGAGUUUAUUUAAAUCGGAGAACGAUCGAAGUAAUAGUGCAACCAUGGGGUCAAGUUUAGUCUUUCAAUCACAUAUCUCCCAUGAUAUCAUGCAUACGAAUGGCUGUUACUUUGACGAAAUGAAUUCCCCUACUCAUGAUAAUUUGUCUGUUGAAACAUCCGAUUCACAUUUGUGGUUUUCUGGAAAGUUAGAGUCUAAUUCUAAUAAAUCUUCUUAUCCUGUGUACGCUCAUCAAAAUGUUGAUAGUUUAGAUAGUCAGAGUCUAACUACACAUCUCCCUUCGUCAACAGUAUCUCCUUCAUCACUGGAUUUAGGAUCGUUUCCUUUUCCUAAUCCUACUCAGUGGACUAUUGAAGAAGUAUACAACUACAUUACGGCUCGUGAUGCUACUCUCCUUGA